UCAAACAUUAUUCGCCAACAAGCGUAAAGUCUUAGUUAUUAUCUAAGCCAAGAAUGAGCUAUUUAAAAUAAUGCACUAAUUUCGUGCAUUUUUUCUUCACAAAAAUCAAAUCAUUCAAAAUGUUUGUAUUAUUCAAGUACUAUGUUUUGUCCUACAAUGUUUGUCCUACAAAUCCUCAAAAGCAGAACCAGUGUAACCACCAGUAACCAAUGCCUGCCAUCUAGUGGUUAAUAUUAUAAACGGAUCAUAUCAUAAAAUAUCUUAAAACUAUUUCAUGGGCAACAAUAUUAUUGCGAAACCCGAACAAAAAUAAAAUGAAAUCUUCAACACUGAUGAACAACGGAGGUUUGCUCCUAAAAAAAUGAUUAAAACAAAAUAUAUUUGGAAAACAAUCCGGAAGUGAUUCUAAGUAACCAUACGGAGGUCCAUUGUAGCAGAGGAAACGUUUACAAACGUCGAGAAAACGUUACAAUAAAUUCAUCUAGGGUGUGAUUGCGCAUGCGUGUUGCUCAUGCACGACCUAAUACCAAUUAACGCCAGCCUUUACAAAUAUAAAUAUUAAUUACAUUAAUAGUGAAUUCAAAUCAGUGCAAAAUGUCCUUAUAAAUCUGCCUUUCUUUAAAUUCAGCACCGCAAAUGAACGUGUUCGCCGACUGACUUGUUGCAAAACAAAGAGCGCACGUCCUUUGAACGUCACUUAUGUAUAUACUAUCACAUUCAUGGAAGAGUUCAUUUAUUGCGGUAGUUGUGUACAUAAAUAGACAAGACGAAGGCAUGGAACAGUAGCUCACGUCAUAUCUACAGUUGAACAACUAUUAUGAUUAUGACUCGUUAUGACGUCCCUAAUAUCAACAAUGCUGAAUAUCAGUUCAGCCGUCUUGAAAGCUGAGGGAUCUCCUCUACUGACAUUUCUAUUACGGCUUUCCGCUUGAAAAGGGAAAUUUCAACUUGAACACGCUCUCUAUGACGUCCCCAGUCAGUAAAUUAGAAGUUCCAGAAAGGUGGACAAGGAACCGCUGACGCUGAAAAGCAAACUGAGCUUUGGAAAAUGUCUUCAUGGACAAGCUCGGAGUCUUCAGCCUCAUCUGUUUCUUCAAUGAAAGUGACAAAGCCCGAAGUCAAGAUUGGCAAGGUUUUGUACAGCAAGUCCAAUGCUUACUCCGUCCUGGAUUUCAUCGGUGAAGGAUGCUAUGGGAAAGUGGCGGUGUGCAGAAAUUUGGAAACGUUCGAGGUGGUAGCCAUCAAGAUCUUGAAAAAUGACCCUACCAUCAAACAGGACACAGAGAAAGAGCUGUCCAUGCUGAAAAUGAUCAGUGUCAUGGAUGCAGAUAGCACCAACGUGGUCAAGUUCUUUGAGCAGUUUGAGCACGAGGGAAACAUCUGUUUGGUGUUUGAGGUAUUGGACUGCGAUCUCAUCUAUCUACUGAAAGAACGACAACGUCAGCCGUUGUCUCUGGACGAAAUCCGCGGCAUUACCCAUCAGCUCCUUGUGGCUUUGGUCACCCUGAAGCAUCUCGGUAUCUUACAUGCUGACAUUAAACCUGACAAUAUAAUGAUUGUUAAUAGAAAAGAGCAGCCCUUGAAGGUGAAACUGAUUGACUUUGGCAAUGCCAUUCCAGCAUCCAAAAUUAAGCUGGGCUUAGAAAUUCAACCAGUGGGAUAUCGAGCUCCAGAAAUUACCCUUGGGCUCCCUUACAACGAGAACAUAGACGUCUGGAGCGUUGGCUGCAUCAUGGCUUUCCUCUUCCUGCCUGGAAACCUAUUUGCUGUCAACUGUGAAUAUCAAAUGAUGAAGCAUAUCAUCUGCGUUCUGGGCCAGCCAGACGACUACCUACUUCAAGCUGGGAAAUACACUGAGAACUAUUUCACUGAAGAUGAGGAGGCUGGGGUUUCUCAUUAUCGCCUCAUGACACCUGAAGAAUUUGAAGCGGCAAAUAAUGAGAAACCCAAACAACAGGAUUCUUGCAGAGAGAUUCCCAAACCCCUGGAAGAUAUGAUCGCGUUGCCUCCUGACGAAGAGAGUACGGAAGGUGAAGUGGAGAACAGGAAGGCUUUCUUAGACCUGCUCAAACAGAUGUUGCAUCUGGACGGGCAGCAGAGAAUCUCUGCUUCGCAAGCAUUACAGCAUCCUUUCAUCACAAUGCCCCAACAGGCCGACAGUGGCCGCUUGAGCUCUCUGAUAGCCAUACGCGUGUCAAACGAUGAACUACAAAUCCCUCCUUCAGAAGAGAAUGUUGACUUUGAUUCCAAGACGAGCAUUUUCAAACGGAUUCGGAAAUUCAUACGCCGAAUUUCCGCUGCAUUUUAUCGCAUGGCAACGCUACUGGACUCACUCUAGAUUCCCAAUUAGCAAAUAUUUUCAUUUAGGUGUACUUGAAAUUGUAUUUUUAUCUCGGGUUGAGCAAAUUGAAAAGUUUGAUUCACGGAAUCCUCUUGACAACUUCUUGUCGUCAUGGAAAUGUAGUCUGCUGGGCUGAUUUUGUGCUGAGUCAUCACAUCACUGUGAGCAAUGUCAAGGACUCAUACUGGCUACUUCCAUCGACAAUAUUGCACGAUUGAAUUUAUAUAUUAUUAUUAUAAGGCAAACCAAUUUCCUCAAGUGUAGAUGUUGUAUGUCUUUGAGGUCAUCUUGAAAGAACGUGAAAAAAGAAAUUCUGGAACGCUCAUCUUUAUUUGUUUGUCGCUUAAAAUUGGAUGAACAGCCUCGGUGCUGUAAAAGGGAAUGACAAAUCAUUUUGUUUUGCCGUUUGAAUAGAAAAUAUAUCUUAACAAUAUGUAUCUUUGGCACGAUGAGAUAAUAAAUGACCGUCUCAAAUGCUGCAGCUAUUGUG